UGUACUCGUUGGACCAAAGUUGGAGACUUAGAUUAUGAUUCAAGCACCAGCGACGGCUAAUCGAAUCUAGAUCUCAUCAUAUAAAAAUGGCCUACGAGGCUCUUGCUUUACCACCAACCGAUGAUUUAAAGUUCCAAGGUUGCAUCACAGUCUACUGACCGUCUUCUUCUAUUGCUCACAGCUCAGAGUGUGUCAGCUGAAGCACGAGAAGAGAUCUUGAGCAGAAUGCGGUCUGCUACUUGAUCACCUCCAAUUCAGCUGCCGUCGAUGGAUGAUUGAGACCUCCGGCCAGGUUUCAUGUCACAUUCAGCAUUUUGAUCGGCGUAUUGUGACGCAGAUGACCGGUGUGGGAGCUGCGCGAGGCGCGUCUGGAUGAUCUCCAAGGGUUUCUCGUGGAUGGUGGUCUCCAGCAUCGCAGUGCUCUCGCUCCUCCUCCUUGCAUACGGCAUCUCGACACCGUCCUCCGGCGUCAACAUCGACGACGACCGAUUUAACUCUUACAGAAAGCAAGUUCCUUCUCCGAGAGCGAUGGAGAGCUCCAAUGACAGCAUGCAAGGAGGCGACAGGAUCGGCGGCAGAUGGGAGCUAUUGAAGGAGGAGUUCACCUUCACCAUGAAUUCUGCUCCUUUCAACAACUGUCAUGCUUCUACCAUCGUCGAGAUCGAGAAAGAUCAUUUCUUGGUAGGCUACUUUGGAGGUUCGAUUGAGGGUGCCCCUGACGUCAAGAUCUGGUUGCAGAGAUACAAGGAUGGCCAUUGGAGUCCUCCAUCUGUAGUCGAUGAAGAACCCGACAUUCCCAUGUGGAAUCCUGUUCUGUUCAAGCUUCCAUCCGACGAGCUGCUUCUCUUCUAUAGGAUUGGACCAGAUGUGCAGAAUUGGAGCGGUUUCAUGAAGCGAUCACUCGAUAGUGGCAUUACUUGGCAGGAAAGGGAGCAACUUCCCCCUGGAAUCCUUGGACCCAUCAAGAACAAGCCCAUCUUGUUAGAUGGUGGUCGCCUGGUCUGUGGAUCCUCGGUCGAGAGCUGGAACUCCUGGGGAGCAUGGAUCGAGGUUACCGAAGAUUCCGGCCGUUCAUGGAACAAGUACGGGCCUAUAUUCGUCGAAGACGAAUCGGUCAGCGUGAUUCAACCUUUCCCAUACCCGACCAAGAACAGAAACUUGCGUGUGCUGAUGCGGUCGGCUUUAGGGAGGAUCUAUCUUGCAGAGUCCUUCGACAGUGGUCGAAGCUGGAGCUCCGCGAAGCCAACUCAACUCCCCAAUCCAAAUUCAGGCAUCGAUGGAGUAAAGAUGAACGACGGCCGGCUGCUGGUGGUCUACAACACGGAUUCAAGAGGAAUACUUAAGGUGGCAUCUUCUGCGGAUGAUGGUGAUUCUUGGGAAGAAGUGAUGACACUGGAGGAGGGCUCGAUGGAAUUCUCGUACCCGGCGGUGAUCCAAGCCAUGGAUGAGCUCAUUCAUGUCACCUACACCUACAACAGGACUCAGAUCAAGGUGAUGCUUCCCUCUUGCUUAACCUGCUGGUUUAGCUUCGAGGACAUGGUCUCGACCCGUGGCUGAGGAAUGUAGCUUUCUUACUUACUGUGUUGCAGCAUGUUGUUAUCCGACCCGAAGUGUUCUGAGAUCAUGAAUCGGGGAUCCGUCAAAUCGAGAACGUUCAGUGGUAUUUCGAUUCUGAUAAUGUCGAGAGAACAGAAGCACUGCAAGAAUUCAAUUCUUGGGAGUUGUGUUUUACAAAGCAAGUCCCAUCGUGUUUCGAAUGAAUAGAAUCCGAGUUUCUGCCUGUACCCAAGUGUUCUAUAUCAUAGUUUCUUGGGACCUUUAACAUGAAAUGCUUUCUACUCUGAACCAUGCAGUGGAAACAAACAUCAAGAAUGCACCAUUGGCAGUACACAAAGAACAUUCGAGUUGAAGAAAAUAAUCACUGUUUUCAUUGUUCACCAUCUGUAAUAUGAUUCAGUUUAUCCGUGUUUUAUUUC